AACCAUUUGUUAAGUCAGGAGUGAAGUGACUGACAAGCCAGGAAGCCUCCCCUGACCCCAAGUUUCCUGAUGAGGAACAAGGAAAGAUUUAGUUUCAGUUUUUCAUGGUGCCCAUUUGUCUCAUCUUUUAUGUGUUAGUGUUGUGUCUGUUGUUUGUCUGACUUUGCAUUCUUUUCAGUCCUCAUCAGGAGCAAAGUGAUGGGAGGAUCCUGCUCUACCGGGUCCACUCCACUUGACUGUUUUCUCACUAAUUUUAAAUUGGCUUUUUCUCCAGAACAAGAAGAUGAAUAUGGGGAAAAAUUUUCUCGCAAAAGACUUCGCUCCCUGUGCCAACUGGAAUGGCCAGCCUUCGGGGUAGAAUGGCCAGCCAAAGGGACUUUUGACCCCAGUAUUUGCCAGAAGGUGUGGGGCAAAGUCACCGGUUGCCCUGGCCACCCAGACCAAUUUCCCUACAUAGACAUCUGGGUUCAGGCUUGUGAGGAGCCUCUGGGUUGGCUGCAGUGCUGUUCUCUUCAAACAGACACUUGCAUUUUAGUCCCUGCCCUGAAAGGACACUGGGGACUUAAGACCCGGGCUCCCAAGCCAGUACUCUCACAGGAACCUGACCCCCUAGAUCCCUUGGGAGGGCCUCUGCCCUAUGUGGAACCCUCCAACUCCUCAGAUGAAUCCCAUUCUAGACCCCAAACUCCUUUCCUUCCUCCAUCUGUUCAACCUUUGGCUCCUACCUCUCUCUAUCCUCCUCUCCCUGAGGGGCCCCACUCUCUAGACUUGGUGACUUCUCCCCCACACAUGUGAGCUGGGGCUGCGUAUGGACCUAGUGAGUUCCCUGCGGGGGAAACUAGUUUGGCUUCUCUCUUGCCCCUUCGGGAGACUGAGCAAGGUCACUAUGUUUAUAUCCUUUUCACUACCAGUGACUUAUACAAUUGGAAACACCAGAAUCCUCCUUUUUCAGAGAAACCCCAAGCUCUAUCUCUCUCCUAGAGUCUAUCUUUCAUACCCAUGAUCCUAGUUGGGAUGAUUGCCAACAACUCCUCCAGGUCCUUUUUACCUCAGAGGAGAGGGAAAGAAUCUGGGGCCAAGCUGUAAGGUCAGUAUUAGGCAGAGCAGAGGGCCCCCUAGAUGAACAGCAGUGGGCCUGUAUUGAGGCACAACUCCCAUCCACCCAACCCCGUUGGCAAGUUAAUUCCUUGGGUGGGAGAGAGGCUCUCCAGAACUAUCAUCAGCAUCUCCUGGCCAGCCUGAGGGGAGCCACUUGGAAGCCUACCAAUUUGAGCAAGGUAAGCGAGGUCCUUCAAGGAUCAGAGGAAUCCCCUUCUGCCUUUGUGGAGCAUCUGUUGGAAGCAUAUCGUACAUAUACUCCAAUUGAUUCAGAUGCCCCUGCAAAUCGGCAGGCAAUAAAUUUGGCAUUUGUUACCCAGUUGGCCCCAGACAUUAGAAAGAAGCUGCAAAGGCUAGAAGGAUUUGAGGGAGAGAAUAGAGAAAAGUUGAUGAGUGUAGCCAUGAAGGCAUUUAACAACAGGGAUCCUCUGGAAGAGAGAAUGGCCAAGAGGCUGGGAAAAGUGACCAUAGCCACUUUGGCUGAUGGAGUAUUUGUCCAGAAAGAAAGACCUGAAAACAAAGGAGGGAACAAGGGAAAGAUCUGACCCUUAUUAGAAAAAGAUCAGUGUGCCUAUUGGAAGGAAAGGGCCAUUUUAAAAGGGACUGUGAAAAGCUAAAAAGAAAAAGAGAAAAGGAGGCUCAAAAGGAAAAAGGUAGAAUCCUUUUAGUAGAUGAAGAAGAUUGAUGGGCCAAGGCUCAUGGCCACUUAACCCUAACGAGCCUAUAGUGGCUUUGGAAAUAGUGGGAACAGAUGUCCAGUUCCUUGUGGACACUGGAAUAGCCUACUCUGUCCUGAAGACCCCCUUUGGAACCCUCACUUCCUUAAAAACCUCCAUUACUGGAGCCACAGGAAAGUCGGCCUCCUACCCUUGGACCACUAAGUGAACUGUAAAUCUAGGAAAAGGCACCGUCACCCAUUCCUUCUUAGUUAUCCCUGAGUGCCCAUACCCAUUGGUGGGAAGAGAUUUGCUAAGAAAAUUGGGGGCUGUUAUUUCCUUUGAGCCUGAAGGAGAGACUUUCGAACUCAAGCCACCCUCUGCCAUUAUGGUAACAUUUCCCCUAGAAGAUUAAUUUAAAUUGCUAAAGGAGGGCACAGAGCCCCCCGAACAGAAAUGGGACUACCUUCAGAAAAAGUUUCCCCGGGUAUGGGCUGAAACCAAUCCACCUGGGCUGGCCAAACACCAUGCCCCAGUGGUGGUUCAAUUGUUGACCUCUGCUACCCCUGUCUGUGUGUGACAGUACCCCCUCCAGCUGGAGGCCAAGGUGGGGAUCUCCAAACACAUCCACUGACUCCAGGAAGCUGGCAUCUUGGUCCCUUGCCAGUCAGCCUGGAAUACACCCCUGCUUCCUGUGAGGAAGCCUGGCACCUCAGACUUCAGAACAGUACAGGAUUUGCGGGAGGUAAACAGCUGGGUGGAGACUGUCCACCCAAUGGUACCAAGCCCCUAUACACUGUUGAGUCUCAUCCCUCCUGCUCAUGUGUGGUACUCGGUAUUAGACCUCAAAGAUGCAUUUUUCAGCCUGCCCCUAGCACCAGUGAGCCAGCCCCUCUUUGCCUUCAAAUGGACUGACCCAGACACCAGGACUACUGUACAGCUGACAUGGACCUGGUUGCCACAGGGAUUCAAGAACUCCCCCACUCUGUUUGGAGAAGCUCUCAGCAAAGAUCUACGAAAGCUAAGGAGAGUUUUUCCCCAAGCAACUAUUCUUCAGUAUGUAGAUGACCUCCUAGUGAAAACUUCGACCGAUGAAGAAUGUCUUGUGGCCACUGAGGGCCUCCUGGAAGUCCUCCAAGACCUGGAAUAUCGGGUGUCUUGGAAGAAAGCUCAGCUCUGCCAGACCAAGGUAACCUACUUGGGCUACAUUCUUGAGAAAGGAAAGAGGAGGCUGGCAGAAUCAAGGGUAUCAGCAAUUCUCCAGAUUCCGGAGCCAAGCUCAAAGAAACAGGUGUGAGAAUUCUUAGGGGCUGUUGGGUAUUGCAGAAUUUGGAUUCCUGGCUUUGGUGAGAUUGCCGACCCCCUGCAUGAAGCCACUGUUGGGGGAAAUACGCCCUUCAAAUGGACUGAGGCUUGCGGGCAGGCAUUUCAAUUGCUCAAGACUGAGCUUGCAUCAGCACCAGCCCUGGCAUUGCCAGGCUUAAACAAGCCCUUCACUCUGUAUGUAGUGGAGAGAAAUGGGGUAGCCAAGGGAGUGAUUACUCAGCUUUUGGGACCAUGGAAGCAGCCAGUGGCAUGCCUCUCGAAGAAACUAGACCCAGUGGCCUAAAGGUGGCCUACCUGUCUGAGGACGGUAGCAGCAGCUGCCGCUCUAACCUGAGAGGCUGACAAACUGACAUUCGGACAGGAUUUGACUUUGAUCACUCCCCAUGCCAUUGAGCCCUUGUUGAAUAGCUUGCCUAGCAAAUGGCCGUCUAAUGCCAGACUGUUACAAUAUCAAGGACUCUUGUUAGAACAGCCACACAUUAAGUUUACCACCACCACUAGCCUCAAUCUGGCUACUCUACUCCUGGAAUCCGAUGAACAGAUGCCCAUCCAUGAUUGCCUCAAGACUCUUGAAAACUUGAGGGGAGGGCAUCUGGAUUUAAUGGACCAGGCUCUCCCCCAAGCAGAGACAAUGCUCUACACUGAUGGGUGCAGUUUCGUGCAUGACAGAGUGCGGUAUGCUGGGGCAGUGGUGGUCAACCAGGACCAACAGGUGGAAUGGGAGCAGGGGCUACCCCAAGGGACAUCAGCACAGAGGGCUGAGCUGAUUGCUUUGACUAAGGCUCUGGAACUGGGGAAAGGCAAAAGGAUAAAUAUUUUCACUGACAGCCAUUUUGCUUUUGUCACCACCCAUGUGCACAGGGAAAUUUAUCAGAACUGAGGGCUGCUGACCUCUGAAGGAAAGGAAAUUAAAAACAAGACUGAGAUACUGGAAUUGCUACAAGCCAUCUGGUUGCCCAGAGAGGUUGCCAUCAUCCAUUGCUGUGGGCACCAAAAGGGGUCUAGCCCCGAAGUGAUUAGUAAUAAUGCUGCUGAUCAGGCAGCAAAACAAGCUGCCCAAAGAUCAAUGGUGAAGCAAAUGGUUUUGCUUUCCAUGCCAGUACUCCCAGAAAAACCUGAAUACACAGAUAAAGAAGUAGCAGAAAUGAACAGGAAAUGCUGGACUCAAGGUUUGAUUCCAAGACCCUGGAAGCCCAUUGGAAGGGACCGUUUCCCCUUGCCCUGGUGACUCCCUCAGUGGUGAAGGUAGCUGGACACUCUGCCUGGAUCCACCCCAGCCAUUUGAAGGUGGCACCCGCUGAGGAAGUGGUGUUGACAUGGUGGAUCAACCAGAACAAAGAGGACCCCCUCAAGAUAAGAUUAAUCAAGGACUGAGAUGGGUAAUGUGGGGACUUAUAGGAACCUUGGUCUUGUCGGCUUGGGUACAAGGAGAUGUUCAAUGGCUAGCACCUUCUAGUCAUGCCCCCCAAAAUUGGACAUGGUCUCUCAAAAAUUCACUUACUGGAGCCCUGAUUGCCAUUGUCACAACAGACAGACAGUCUGUCUUUCAGGUUGACUUGUGUGAUAUAGGACUGGUUACUGGAACCGUGGGAGUGUCUGACAUUGCAGGACCAUGUUCAGAUCCCCCUUCAACCCCUGGCAGAAAACUGGGAUGGUCUACACUUAACAGAAAAAGGGGUCUCCAGACCAUAGAUAUUUAUGCAUGUUCUAUAGGUAAAGACCCAAAAUGUAAUGGGGGGCCAGGAUACCACUGUUACUAUUGGGGCUGUGAGUCCAUAGCCCCGUGGAAAAAUAAUGACCAGUAUUUAGCCUUGGAGUGGUGAACAGCUAGUAUCUCAUGCUCCCUGGGACAUUGUAAGCCCAUUUGGUUAAUGCUAAAACAAUGGCAAAAUCCAUACAAAGAAUGGGAGGAAGGUAAAUUUUGGAUGGUGGCACUGAAUGCAAAUGGAGAGGACCCAAUGACAGACAUCAUCAUUCAGCGAAGUCCGGUAGUGACACCAUCCAAACCAGUAGAAAAUCUUUAUAAGAUAUUGAGCCCCCCAAAAGACAGUGGCCAACCCCACAGGCGCUGAGGAAAUUCCACUUCCUUGGCUGAGAAAGAAAACACACACUCACCCCGCUGGCCGCCCGGGUAACACCCUACCCAACAAGGUGCCCAUAACUGCCCCAGAGUCGCCAAUCCAACCAUACUUAAAAAAUGCUGGAUGCUAUGUUUAUGGUGUUAAAUGGAUCAAACAAUAAUGUUACUAAUGAAUGUUGGAUGUGUCUAAACCCAAAGCCCCCAUAUUAUAUAGGAAUAGCAAUCAAUGGAACUUACACUGAAACCAGCCAAGAUGGGUGUGAUUGGAAACAGAUGAGGUUGUCAAUAGGGGAUAUACAUGGAAGAGGGUCGUGCGUUAAAAACUCUAAGGUCAUCUCAUCUUACUUGGACAGUGCUUGCUUUUACCAAACAGCUUCUACAGAACCUGAUAAGUACCUAAGGGCAGAAAACAACUCAUGGUGGACAUGCACAGGAGGCAUAACCCCUUGCCUCUCUGUUGCUGUCCUACAAAGGGAGCCCGAGGUUUGUGUGCUGGUCCAUAUCUUGCCCCAGGUAUUUAUAUAUGGUGGAGAACAGGGAUGGGAAUAUUUGACUAGGAAAGUCCACCCUAUAAGAAUAAAGCAUCCUCCUGCCCUAAUCCCAGUACUGGCUAUAGGAGGGAUUGCAAGAUCCACAGCCCUAGGAGCAGCAGCAUUGGUGGUGCAAGAUGCCAACUUUAAGGCCCUAACUCAACAGGUAAAGAUAGACUUGGGCCUGAUCGCUAAAUCAGUAUCCCAUCUAGAAAAACAAGUGGACUCCUUGGCAGAAAUGGUCCUCCAGAACCGCCAAGGUCUCGAUCUCCUGUUCAUGAAAGAAGGUGGGCUGUGUGCAGCCUUAGGAGAACAGUGCUGUUAUUAUGCCAAUAAAUCAAGAAUUAUUCGAGACACCCUGGCUACAGUGAACAACCAUUUGCUAGAAAAAUAUGACAGAUUAGAAGAAAAUUCUGGGUGGUAUCAGUCUUUGUUUAACUGGUCUCCCUGGUUGACUACCCUUGUUUCUGCCCUUGCUGGACCCCUGUUAAUCCUGUUACUAGCUUUGACUUUUGGGCCAUGCUUUAUUAAUAAACUUAUGGCCUAUGUAAGGGCCUGGGUAGGAUCUGUUCACCUAAUGGCUCUGAACCAACAGGCUAGGUACUGUUCAGUACCUCUUGAUGAAGAAAGCCACAUGUAAGAUUACUUGCUUGCAUAAAAUCAGUGGGGAAUGUAAGACCCAGAUGAGACAGUGCAAGUAACGCCAUCUUAUUACAGGCCCUCCAUCUUGUCCCUGUGGGUUUCAGGUUCACUACAGGACACAGAGUUCCCAGGAUGUACUUGUUUAUCUGUUAAGACACCAGGAACAUACCAUUGUUUCUGUGUAAGGAACAUCCUGUUUGCUAAGUAAAGAACAUCUGCAACCCCCCCAACCAUCCCCUAACUGCAAAAAUUUCACUUCUGUAGUUCUGCUUGCUAAGCACCCCUGCAGCCCCUAUAAAACCUUCCAACCCCCUGAACUCGAGGCCCUCUCUAAGCCUGUUGCUUGGGGAGUGCCAUCUGGCCAGACUAAUAAAGGUCUGUUUUACUUUUC